AUGCCCUAUGAUUUCAAGACCAAAGAAGGGGGAAUUUACUCCGCAUCCUGCCGGAGGCCUCCCUGCAUUGACAUGCUUCCAAUCGAAGACUUCGAUCUUUAUCUCACAAGGAUUUCGAAAUGCGUCGCCCACUCCAUUCGCAAGGAGAGCGAUGAGAUUCUUGUUUGGUACUUUGAAAACAGCAAGGUGCUCUCUUCCGACCAAGCUAAGGAGCUGCAUUCUUUUCUUCUUCAGGCGGAGAACGUCAAUACCACCUUUGUCUCAAUGGAUCGUCGGGCUCUGAUUAUCAAGACUGUUCAUGGCGAGCAAAUUACCGUGAUGCUUGCUUGCAAGUACUCCAGAUUCUACAUUGCGCCUCCUUGUGAGCGUCCUCAUGAGUCUUCUCGUCCAAAGAUUGGAAUGGCAGCAGUCCUCACGGAAAUGCUUACCAUUUUCUCAGGUCAUCAGAACGAGCAAGAACAAGAUGCCACACCCUCCGUAGUUGAUCUAUUGUCGCCAUGUAGUGCAGCGCACUCUGAGUUUACUUUGGAAUCCAUGGACUGA